UUAAGCUCAACUCACAUCAUCAACCAUCACUUCACCAUCCGAUCAUCACCAUGCCUUUCCCUUACAAGACCGUCCUCAUCACCGGCGCCACCUCCGGCAUCGGCCUCGCGCUCGCCGAGCGCAUGAUCAACAGCGGUGUCUUCGUCAUCGCCGUCGGCCGCCGCAAGGACCGUCUCGACGCUCUCGUCAAGAAGCACGGUUCCGACAAGGUCGCCGCCGAGCCCUUUGACAUCUCAGACCUCUCCGCCCUUCCCAACUGGGUCAAGCACAUCACAACCACCUACCCCACCCUCGACUCCAUCCUCCUCAACGCCGGCCUCCAAAAGACCCUCUUGUUCACCAACCCCACCACCAUCGACCUCGCCGCCCACACCACCGAACUCACCACCAACUAUCUCUCCCCCUUGAACAUGAUCGCCCUCUUCAUGCCACACUUGAUCUCUCUCGCACCCAACCCCACCUCCAUCAUCGUCGUCACCUCCGGUCUUUCGGUAAUCCCCCUCCCGCGCUGCGCCAACUACUCCGCUUCCAAAGCCGCCGCCCACUCGCUCGUGUGGUCCCUCCGCGCACAACUUACGGGCCCAGAGGCGGAACAUACCAAGCAUAUUAAAGUGGUGGAAAUCAUGCCGCCUGCUGUGAAGACGGAGUUGCACACGAUUCAGCCGGACUUGGUGGAGAUGGGACUGGGGGAUAUUGGAAUGGAGUUGAAUGAGUUUGCGGAUUUCACGUGGGGGGAGCUGCAGAAUGAAGAGAGGGAGGAGGUCUGGGUUGAUCAGCAGAGGGGGUGGAAGGAGGUGGAUGCGAAGAGGAGGGAGGUGUUUGAGGGGAGUGUUAAGGCUUUUAGGGAGAUGGGGUUGAAGUUUUAGAUGCAGUGGAUUGAAGACUCCCGUUUUGUUCAAUGCACGGAGUUCAAAUUCCAUCCUGAGGUGCACGAGAGAAAAGAAAUGAAGUGGAAGUUUAGAUUGAUGCUAGCGUGCGCCUGCCAGCCUCUAUGUCUAUAAUGCAUGUCCAAGUCUAUAUGCUAUGUCGUGAAGGAA